CCCCCAAACCUUUUUACCACCCCCAAGCAUGGCUCGCUGCUAGUUCACGGUCUAAAAUUAAACUCCAGCAGGGCCAACUGCGCUUGCUGCCACUUGGCCGGCAGGUUUUCCAGUCAGAGGUCCUCAGCCAGGCGAGGCCCGCGGCUCCGCGGGAGGCUCAAACAAACGCAAUUAUCAGCCUCAGGUUGGGAUUAUACAAGCGGCGGAGCCAUUUCUCUGGAAUUGAGGCCCCGUGGGAAUCUCCAGGAUGGCGGCAAACUCGGACGCGUCCAAGCCGGUCAUCAUGAAUGAAGAGGAGCUGAAGAGGAAGCAGCGGGAGAAGCUGAAGAAGUUACAGGCCACGGGGGGCAACCCAAGACCUGCUAGAUCCCUCUUCCUCUUCACUCUUAAAAAUCCCUUCCGCAAGGCCUGCAUUAACAUUGUGGAGUGGAAAACCUUUGAGAUCAUCAUCUUAUUGACCAUCUUUGCAAACUGUGUCGCCCUGGCCGUGUUCCUGCCCAUGCCCGAAGAAGAUAGCAAUAACACCAAUACCAGCCUGGAAAGUCUGGAGUACGUUUUCUUGGUCAUCUUCACCUUGGAGUGCUUUCUGAAGAUCAUUGCUUAUGGUUUUGUGUUCCACGAGGGUGCAUAUUUACGCAACUGCUGGAACAUAUUGGAUUUUGUCAUCGUCUUCAUGGGGUUGGUCACCUUUGCCCUGGAUACCUUCAAUACGAUAGCAGGCGUUCCCAUGGAGAAAGGCGGCGGCUUCGACAUGAAGGCGCUGAGAGCCUUCAGGGUUCUGCGUCCCUUACGCCUCGUCUCCGGAGUUCCCAGCCUGCAGGUGGUGAUGAACUCCAUCCUGAAAGCCAUGCUCCCUCUGCUGCACAUUGCCCUGCUGGUCUUCUUGCUGGUCACCAUCUACGCCAUCAUGGGACUGGAGCUCUUCAAGUGCAAAAUGCACAAGACCUGCUACUACACGGGCACAAAUAUCUAUUCAACAGCAGAGGGGGAGAGGCCCGCCCCCUGCGCUCAGGCCGGGAACGGACGGCGCUGCUUGAUCAACGGCUCCGAGUGCCGGCCGGGCUGGGAAGGUCCCAACGACGGCAUCACCCACUUUGACAACAUCGGCUUCGCCAUGCUCACAGUCUACCAGUGCAUCACCAUGGAGGGAUGGACCAAAGUUCUCUACUGGAUCAACGACGCCAUCGGAAACGAAUGGCCUUGGGUCUACUUUGUUCCUCUCAUUCUUGUGGGCUCCUUCUUUGUGCUCAAUUUGGUUCUGGGCGUGCUGAGCGGAGAGUUCACCAAAGAGCGGGAGAAAGCCCGGUCCCGAGGAGAGUUCCAGAAGUUGCGGGAGCGUCAGCAGCUGGAUGAGGACCUGCACGGCUACAUGGAGUGGAUCACCCACGCUGAGGUCCUUGACGCUGACAGAGAGGGCCAAGGUCUCCUGCCUCUGACCAGCGGGGAUUCUGACACCGACAGCCUGUUUGACAUGGAGGGCAAGAGUCGUGUGGUCUACUACUAUCGCCUGGCUCGUCGCUGGAACCGCUUCUUCAGGAUGAAGUGUCUGGUUUAUGUGAAGACCAGAGCGUUUUACUGGCUGGUGAUGUUCCUGGUGCUCCUCAACACGCUGACCAUCGCCACGGAGCACCACCACCAGCCCGCCAUGCUCACAACGAUUCAAGACGUGGCGAGCCGCGUCCUCCUGGUGCUCUUUGUCAUCGAGAUGUUUGUGAAAAUGUACGCGCUGGGACCCCGGGCGUAUUUCAUGUCGCUGUUCAACCGUUUUGACUUCUUCGUGGUGAUUUGCGGCAUCCUGGAGAUGAUCAUGUUGUCGGUGGGAGAGGUCACCCCCCUGGGUUUCUCCGUACUCCGAUGUAUUCGGCUCCUCAGGAUCCUUAAAGUCACAAAGUACUGGACCUCUCUGAGUAACCUGGUGGCCUCCCUGCUCAACUCUGUCCGCUCCAUCGCUUCGCUGCUCCUCCUCCUCUUCCUCUUCAUCGUCAUCUUCUCGCUGCUCGGCAUGCAAGUGUUUGGGGGCAAGUUCAACUUUCCUGACAACAGGCCCAGACGAAGCAACUUUGAUAACUUCCCUCAAGCCCUCAUCAGCGUGUUCCAGAUCUUAACGGGGGAGGAGUGGACGGCCAUCAUGAACAACGGCAUCAUGGCCUACGGCGGCCCGGUUUUCCCCGGCAUUCUGGUUGCCAUCUACUUCAUCGUCCUCUUUGUCUGUGGAAACUAUAUUCUUCUCAACGUCUUCUUGGCCAUCGCGGUGGACAACCUCGCGGAGGCCGAGAGUCUGACCUCAGCUCAGAAGGAAAAGGCGGAGGAGAAGUUGAGGAGGAAGCUGCUGCGGUCCAAAAUGCCCGACAAGACAGAUGAGGAGAGGGAGAGGAUCUCCAAGAAACUGGCUGAGCAGAGAGCCAAGCUGGAGGGAAUGCCGACCACAGCCAAGCUCAAGAUUGACGAGUUUGAGUCCAAUGUCAAUGAAGUGAAAGAUCCUUUCCCGCCCGCCGACUUCCCAGGCGACGAUGAGGAGGAGGAACCCGAAAUCCCCAUCAGCCCUCGCCCGCGUCCCAUGGCCGACCUGCAGUUGAAGGAGGAAGCCGUGCCGCUGCCCGAAGCCAGCUCUUUUUUCAUCUUCGGCCCGCAAAACAAGUUCCGCAAACUGUGCUACAAGAUCAUCAACGCCUCGUCUUUUACAAAUCUGAUCCUGCUCUUCAUCCUGCUGUCCUCCAUCUCCCUGGCAGCCGAGGACCCCAUCGAUCCGAAUUCUUAUCGAAACCAGAUUUUGGCCUACGCCGACAUCGUCUUCACGACUGUGUUCACCAUUGAGAUUGUGCUGAAGGUAAGAGCGGAUGGAUGGAUGGAUGGAUGGAUGGAUGGAUGGAUGGAUGGAUGGAUGGAUGGAUGGAUGGAUGGAUGGAUGGAUAUUAAUUGCAACUUUUUUCCACGGCAGAUGACAGUUUAUGGCGCAUUCAUGCACGAGGGCUCGUUCUGUCGCAACUCCUUCAACAUCCUGGAUCUAAUUGUGGUCGGAGUCUCGCUGCUCUCGAUGGGCAUGGAAUCCAGCGCCAUCUCAGUGGUGAAGAUUCUCAGGGUGCUCAGGGUGCUGCGGCCUCUCAGGGCCAUCAAUCGAGCCAAAGGCCUCAAGCACGUGGUCCAGUGUGUAUUUGUGGCCAUCAAAACCAUCGGAAACAUCGUCCUGGUCACCAUGCUGCUAAAUUUCAUGUUUGCCUGCAUAGGAGUGCAACUUUUCAAGGGGAAAUUUUACAGCUGCACGGACGUGUCCAAAAUAACAGAGGAGGAGUGCCAGGGAUUCUACGUGAAGCACAUUGAGAACACUCUGCAGGACACGGUGGUGGCCAAACGGGAAUGGCUCAACAAUGACUUCAACUUUGACAACGUCCUGUACGGCAUGCUGGCGCUCUUUACCGUUUCCACCUUUGAGGGCUGGCCCAAACUCUUGUAUCGAGCCAUCGACUCGGACGAAGAAGACAUGGGCCCCGUCUUCAACAACCGGGUGGACGUGUCCAUCUUCUUCAUCAUCUACAUCAUCCUCAUCGCCUUCUUCAUGAUGAACAUCUUUGUGGGCUUCGUCAUCGUCACCUUCCAGGAGCAAGGCGAGCAGGAGUACAAGGAUUGCGAGCUGGACAAGAACCAGCGUCAGUGCGUGCAGUACGCCUUGAAGGCCCGACCGCUGAGGUGCUACAUCCCCAAAAACCCGUAUCAGUACCGGGUCUGGUACAUCGUGACCUCCUGCUACUUUGAGUACCUCAUGUUCUUCCUCAUUAUGCUCAACACUUUGUGCCUGGGGAUGCAGCACUGCAACCAGUCCGACCACGUGACCAAGCUGUCGGACAUUCUCAACUUGAUCUUCACGGUGCUCUUCACGGUGGAGAUGAUUCUCAAGCUCAUGGCCUUCAAAGCAAAGGGUUACUUCGGAGAUCCCUGGAACGUGUUUGACUUCAUCAUCGUCAUCGGCAGCGUGGUGGACGUCAUCCUGAGCGAAAUAGACAGCGCCCUGGCCGCCAGCGGAGGACUGUACUGUCUCCAAGGCUGCGCUGACACCAAUCCCAUGCAAGCAAUCGCGGCCUCGGAGAACGCUUCGGUUUCCAUCACGUUUUUCCGACUCUUCCGCGUCAUGCGGUUGGUGAAACUGCUGAACCGCUCUGAGGGCAUCCGUAACCUCCUGUGGACCUUCAUCAAGUCCUUCCAGGCUCUUCCUCACGUGGCUCUGCUCAUCGUCAUGCUCUUCUUCAUCUACGCCGUGAUCGGGAUGCAGAUUUUCGGAAAGAUCGCCUUAGUGGACGGCACGGAAAUCAACCGCAACAACAACUUCCAGACGUUCCCUCAGGCGGUUCUCAUGUUGUUCCGAUGCGCCACCGGAGAAGGUUGGGAGGAAGUCAUGAUGGCGUCCAUGUACGGGCAAAAGUGCGACCCCAAGUCUGACUUUCAGCCUGGAGAAGAGUUCACCUGCGGCUCCAACUUCGCCGUCUUCUACUUCCUCAGUUUCUACUGCCUCUGCGCCUUCCUGAUCCUCAACCUGUUUGUCGCUGUCAUCAUGGACAAUUUUGACUACCUGACACGUGAUUGGUCACUGCUGGGUCCACACCACCUGGAUGAGUUUAAGAAGAUUUGGGCGGAAUAUGACCCAGAGGCCACAGGCAGAAUCAAACAUCUGGAUGUGGUGACGCUGCUGAGACGCAUCCAGCCUCCGCUGGGCUUCGGCAAGUUCUGCCCUCAUCGUGCAGCCUGCAAGCGCUUGGUCGGCAUGAACAUGCCGCUCAACAGUGACGGCACGGUCACCUUCAACGCCACCCUCUUCUCUUUGGUCAGGACAGCCCUGAAGAUCAAAACAGAAGGAAACUUUGAGCAGGCCAACGAGGAGCUUCGAGCCAUCAUCAAGAACAUCUGGAAGCGAACGAGCAUGAAGUUGUUGGAUCAGGUCAUCCCUCCCAUAGGCGAUGAUGAGGUCACCGUGGGAAAAUUCUACGCCACUUUCCUACUCCAGGAUCAUUUACGAAAGUUCCUGAAACGCCAGGAGGAGUACUACGGAUACCGGCCAACCAAGAAGAACGCCUCCGGCCCCGAGAUCCAAGCCGGUCUCAGGGCUAUUGAGGAUGAAGUGGCUGCAGAAAUGCACCGAGCAAUUUCGGGAGACCUGCACAAUGAGGACGAAAUGAGAGCCAUGCAGGAAGCUGGGGAGGAACACAUUUACCAGCGUACACACGGCUUGUUUGGAAAUCGAGUAGAGCCGUUCGCCGCGGAGAACGUCAACGCUCCGCCGCCGCACAUGACCAACCGGAGGCCCCUCAAAUUCUUGGAAAACCAGCCCGAGUCAACACUCCCUUCCCCUGCCACCGAGCCCGUUACGAACUUUGCGCCGCCAACGGCUCCCAAAAGCAACAGCAACAACAACGCCUUUGCAGAAUUGGGACUGCAAAGACAAGGUAGUGCCGAAGAGCUUGACAGCCCCGCUGAGGAUGCAGGAGCAGACAAUCUGCACCCAUGGAACUUCACAGUGAGAACGGACCAAACGCAGUUCCCCUACGAACCCAGGCUCGCCGACAGUCCGACCUCGGCCUAUGACCAAGCCAAGCACGAGACAGUUGACGAGACGCACGCUACCAUCGAGGACCUCGAGGGUGCGGCCCGGGCUAUCCUCAAAAAGAAGCGGCGCGUCCCCGUGCCUCCGCCAAGUCAAACGGAGCGUCCCGACCCGGCCGUGAGGAAGAAGAAACGCCCCAUCGCCGCAACUCCCUCCGCUCAUGGUCCGCACGGAGCUGAGCCGCCUGAGGCCGACUCCAACGUUUAGAGGCGCGGCCACGCGUGUGCUUAUCACAUGACUUCUUUUUGGGGGCGGCUCCGUCCUGAAGGACGACUCGGCCUGGGCUUCAAGUCAAAUGUGCCCCGAAUGGCUCUCUGUCGUGUUCAAGUCUUGAUUUGUGGUGGCCAGCCCAAGUCUUCCUGUAAACAAUCAGCAAAGUUCUCAACAUUGGCAACAACCUUCAAAGUGGAGCAUUUGCCAGUUGUUCUCAAUUCAAAAUGGCUAAAGAGAUCAAGUGAAUUCAUUCAUUCAUUCCAGCCUCAACGUGUCACCAUCAUCUAACAUUAAAGUCCCUGCAAAGUGAAAACACGUUUGAAGAUUAUUGCUGCAAAUGUGCAGAGUGAAAACUCGAUGUAAAAGUUCAAAACAACCAACUUUUCUAAAUAUUAGCUCGUAUUCUGGUUCGGCGGCCACAUUUUGGUCAGUUUCCCCCCCAAAAUAUGGUGAAAAGUAAUGAUAGGAAGAUGAGGCUUCAAAUUUGCUUCAUGAACCAGUUGUAGUUUAUUUACUCCACUAGAUGGCACUGUCGGUUGACGUGAAUAAAGCAGUUUUAGAAAUGGCGAGUAUACUUUUAACCCCAAAGUUGAACAGAGAGGACUGAAAAAAUUAAAACUGCUUCAUGAAACAUAUUUGAAGCUUCAGUAGUGAAAAGAAAAAGUGACACAUUGCAAUGAUGAGUGACUGGUGUCCCUAAUAAAUUGCCAUGGCUGUGAGUUUGCUUGGACACCUCAGCAGAGUUUCUCCUUGUAAAGUGAGCCCCUCUUUAAAUAGUCCCAACGGGCAGAGUGUUUGUGGAACGGAAUGUCCGAGUCCUCAUUUUGAAAGUGUCUUGAAGCUGCAGUGCGAUUCAAAACAAAGAUUGAUUUGUCAAAUAAAGAAUGAGAGGAUUCGAAAGAA